UUACCAGUUACCAAGCUCCGUUACAGUCAACAUGCCUGUGAAAGCAAAGAAAUGGAUUUUGGCGCACCAAUUCGAUGGAGUGCCCAAAGAUUCUGAUCUGGAGCUGGUCGAGGAGGAGCUGCCAGAGCUUCAAGAUGGACAGAUCCUGCUGGAGGCUGAGGCCCUUAGUGUGGACCCAUAUAUGAGGGCCUUUGCGUCGAGAUCAUUGAAAGAAGGCGAGUGCAUGAUGGGUACACAGGUUGGGAAAGUGGUAGAGAGUAAGGAUCCACAGUAUCCGGUAGGGACGACAAUCGUUGCAAAUGUUGGAUGGCGGACACAUGCUAUCCUGAGAGCGGACCAGGAAAGGCAAGGGGUCGGUGGUAUGCCAACAGUUAUGCCAGCUACUCCAGCCCCCGGUCUCCCAGUGUCAGUUAACCUGGGUGUCCUCGGCAUGCCUGGUGCCACAGCAUACUUUGGUUUACUUGAGCUCUGUCAGCCCAAGGCGGGGGAGGUAGUGGUGGUCAGUGCAGCCGCAGGGGCAGUGGGCAGUUUGGUCGGACAGAUAGCCAAAAUUAAGGGGUGUACCGUCAUUGGCUAUGCAGGGACAGACGAGAAGUGCAAGUGGAUAAAGGAAGAACUAGGCUUUGACCACGCCAUUAACUAUAAGACACGGGACGUGGCCGAGAGUCUGAAAGAAGCAGCACCAAAUGGCGUCGAUUGUUAUUUUGACAAUGUGGGCGGGGAUUUCCUUCGCGCCGUUAUGCAGCAGAUGAACAAGUAUGGAAGGAUCGCGCUCUGUGGGUCCAUUUCUGAGUACAAUGACAGCAUCGAUAGUCCUCGGUCAGGCGUUCCAACUUUUCCCAUGAUACCAAAUGAAUUGAGAAUGGAAGGGUUCUUGGUCAGCAGAUGGUUGAGUCGCUGGCCCGAGGCCUUCAAGGAGAUGGCAACCUGGAUAAAAGAGGGAAAACUUAAGUACAGAGAAACUACUACCAAGGGUUUCGAGAACAUGAGGGAGGCCUUCUAUGGAAUGCUGCGGGGGGAUAAUACAGGAAAAGCUGUAGUGAACGUCUGAGAACACUACAGAAGAACAAAUUACUACCAACAGACUGCCGCAUAUCACGUUUAUUUGCAACAGAAAUGCUAGAUACCGUGUUGGUAAAUAACAAAGGACUUCGAAAAUACAUGUAGAUGGAAAAGGCAUUAAGCACAUUUUAAAAGAUGGCAAUAAAAGCUACAAGAUCCUAUAAUGUGCUAGUAUAUGCAAUUACACCACUUAUUUUCUACUUAACACCAAGCAACAUGUAGGUGUACAUGUAUCUUAUCUAACAUCACUGAGAAAAUUACAACCUUAAAAUAUUUUAACUCAUAAUUUCUACUCUCAAUUUAUUGUUACAUGUGAAAUUAACUGAUUUCUAUCUCCAUUACGAAAAUGUGCUCAAAAUUUAGAAAACUUUAAACUCAAAAACCGAUAUAUAAGUCGUAAUUGUGUAUUAACAAACCUGGUUUUGGAUAUGGUAUACAUUAAUGACGAAGAAGAAAAGUGACAUGAUAACCAGAAAAAUUAAAUCUUUGCUGUAUUAAGGCUAAACGUUCAUUGCUUGACAUUUAUCGCGCAACAGAAUCUGCAAAAGUGUACUGAUUAUACAUAGUAGGUACAUCUAUGUUUCAAAUGACAUAGACAAAUAAGAAUCGUAUUACGACUUUGGAAAACUGAUAGAUCGGAUCAGGCCAAAUCAGGUAGGAGGUAAAGAUAAUUACCCCCUAACAGCUUUACUAGGCGCGACAGACAUUUAAGCGGCCAAGUUGA